GAGAGAGAGAGAGAGAGAGAGAGAGAGAGAGAGAGCAGAACCACGGUGGUGGUGGUGCGAAGAUGGGAUGCUCGUUUUCAGGGCUGAACGCUCUCUACGACGCCGUGAAUGGUGGCGGAGAUGUGUGGAUCAAUGAGAACCGUUUCAGGAUCUUGAGGCAGCUCGGCGAAGGUGGUUUCGCCUAUGUCUUCCUCGUCAAGGAGGUCCUCACUGAGUCCGCCGCGGCUUCCGGUGAUGGCAUCGCCAAGAAACUCAAGGACCCUUCUCGCGUCUCUGACGAUGGAACUUAUGCGAUGAAGAAAGUUCUCAUUCAAAAUACUGAGCAGUUAGAGUUGGUGAGGGAGGAGAUCCGCGUUUCGUCGUUAUUUAGCCAUCCCAAUCUGCUUCCUCUUCUUGAUCAUGCUAUAAUUUCAGUUAAGCCUACACAAGAAGGAUCUUGGAAGCAUGAAGCAUACUUGUUGUUCCCAGUUCAUUUGGAUGGAACAUUACUGGACAAUGCUAAAGCUAUGAACGCUAAGAAGGAGUUCUUUUCUACUUCAGAUGUUCUUCAUAUAUUUCAGCAGCUUUGUGCUGGACUCAAGCAUAUGCACAAUUUUGAUCCUCCAUAUGCACAUAAUGAUGUCAAACCUGGCAAUGUCCUUAUAACACAUAGAAAGGGACAACCACCUCUUGCAAUAUUGAUGGAUUUUGGAAGUUCUCGUCCUGCAAGAAAGCAAAUUCGCUCUCGUUCAGAAGCACUACAAUUGCAAGAAUGGGCAUCUGAGCACUGUUCGGCACCUUUCCGAGCUCCUGAAUUGUGGGAUUGCCCAAGCCAUGCUGAUAUUGAUGAAAGAACUGAUAUCUGGUCAUUAGGAUGCACUUUGUUUGCAAUAAUGUAUGGUGCAUCUCCAUUUGAGUACGCACUUGGGGAGUCUGGAGGAAGCCUACAAUUAGCCAUUGUAAAUGCACAAGUAAAGUGGCCGCCAUCUGGGCCUAAACCUCCAUACCCGGAAGCUCUUCACCAGUUUGUGAAUUGGAUGCUCCAGCCCCAAGCCACUGUCCGACCACGCAUUGACGAUAUCGUCUAUCAUGUUGACAAGUUGAUCUCAAAGUUCUCUCAUUAGAAGAAACGUGGACACAAUAGAAAUGUUGGUGUACCCGUUGACAUUUCAGCCAAGCCCGUUGGGUACUGAAUGGUAGUUACCAAUGCAGUUUCUUCAGUUUAUUGUGAAAAUGUGGUAAGAAAAUCAAAUGGCAAUUUUUCUUGUUAUCGGUGAAACAGAUUUUUUUGGAGUACUUUUGUAAUUUAAAGUUGUUACUCAUCUCCCAUCUAUUUCUUAUAUAUAUAUAUGGCAAAGUGGCAAUAAUUUAUCAAAUCCACCUUAAUUAA